UUUAAACAUGGCGGCUCCCUAGCGCUAGCUGGGACGAAACGCCAGCUUGUAACACGAUUUUGUCGAUCGAAACCUCGCAGAGAGAAAGAAAGAGAAAAGACGGACUGGAAGGAAUCAAAACCACAAUGGAACGAAACGUCGCGGACGACCUAAAUCGCGAAUUCGGGAACGAUGUGAAAAACCUGCGCAAGGCGAAGAAUUAUCACGCUUCGCUGAUGGUUAGGAAGCAAGAGAUCGAGCAGAGACUCAAGGCGUCGAAAGGCGGUGGCGAUCCGGACCAGUUGAAGGGAUUGCUCGGCUUCGCGCGAGAGUCCCUGGAGAAGAUGCAGAUACUCGAAGGCGUGCACGGCAAGAUCUUGAACGACGUGUCGGCGCACCUGGACAAUGCCAGCCUGGUCAAGAAGGAGUUCGAGAGCUCCCUCACCGACAUCCAGAAGCUGCUGCGGUUAAAGCAGUACCUGCAGUGGAUAGCCAAGAUCGAGGAAACCAGCGAGUCAAUCGAGGAAGCGAUGAGUCAGGGCCAAGACGAACAAGCCGUGUCACACCUCUCCUUCCUGCUGCAAGUAUGGCAGAGAGUGCGCGGUUCGGCCUGCGUACACCUCGUCGACUUUCUACGGGAAACCAUCCUCUACUGGCAUCAAAUUCUCAGGGAUAAGUUUGAAAAGGAGUUCAACAAAGUUCUGCAUUCGAUGGGCUGGCCCAUCCUCAACACGGGCGUCAGCGCGCCGGUUUCCUACACGCCGGAGCUGUUGCUUCCAUUCGAGAAGUGCUUCAUCAACCUCCACAAGAUCCAGCUGCCGGAAGGCCUGGAAGGUUCACAGUUGGACGUCGGAUCGACCACAUCGGUGCUACCCUUGGAACUGAUGCUGCGACCGCUGAAGAAGCGCUUCCUUUUCCACUUUACCGGGAAACGUCAGACCAACAGACUUGACAAGCCGGAGUGGUACUUGAGCCAGAUACUGACCUGGGUUGCGGACCAUGGAGAGUUCUGCGAUCGAUUUGUCCAGGCAAUUCUCGUCAAGGCAGGUGUUGAAGGCAUGCAGGCAAGGCUGGAGCUGAUGCGGGGACUGGUCCAGAUCGGCAUUCACAAGUUGCAGAUGGACUUGCCGUCACUGCUCGCCGACGAUCAGCUGCUGACGCACGCCAUCGAGGAAGUGCUGCUGUUCGACCGGGAGCUGCGGAGUCAGGGCUACCCUCCUUUCUACCCGUGCAUCCUCAACGUGCUCACCGCCGACCACUGCUUCAUUCGUUGGAUUGCUCUGGAGAAGAAAUACGCCGACGAGAAGCGCGACGUCCUCUUGUCGUCUCCGACGGCGUGGAAGCCACAGUUCCCGAUGGACGGUGACGUUGACGACCUCAAAGUUCCGGAGUGUGCUGAAGCAUUCAUGAUGAUCCUGUCCGCUAUGACAGAACGUUAUCGGCACCUCGAGCAACCCUAUCACCGGCUCAAGUUUGUGAGCCUGCAGCAGAUACUUCUAGAAGACUGGAGGCUGUGCCUGCAGCAGAUCCUGACAGCACGGCUGGAAGAGCUGAACCUGGUCGCCAUCUGCCCGAUCGUGAACGCCGCCCACUACGUGGUCCAAGUGCUGGCCCAGUGGAGCAUACAGCCGUUUUUCGUCGAACUUCUGGAAGCCUGUAACGAGAUGCAGCAGAAGGAGAAGCAGAAGAGGCAAAGUACAAAACAGGCCAAUUCGGAAAUGGUGGACCCCGAGGAGGCACUGUUUCUGGCGGCCUCGGAGACGCCGUCGGACGAGAGCAGCCAGCUCGUGCCCAUGGCCGAGUACGGCACCCUGCAGGAGUCGGUGUUCGAGGAGGUGUCGCAGCUGCUCGAGAAGCUGUACACGGACACCGUGCUUGCCAUCGUUGACGAGCUGGUGCUUGACUUCAAGGCCAAGAGCAAGGCCUACCGGCGCGAGAAGUGGUUCUGCAUGCCGUCGCUGAACGACAGGGAAGACGCGGGCCUGACGCCGACUGCCUUCCCCAUGCUCAGCUGGCUGCAGUCCAGUCUUCAACAGCUUCAGGAGGCCCUCGCUGCACCGCUCUUCAACACGCUCUGGCAAGAAGCCGCGCGAGGCAUCAGCCUGUUCUUGUACGAAGAGCUGAUCCUGGAAAACUUCUUCAGUGAAGGGGGUGCCAUGCAGCUCAGCUUCGACAUGAACCGGAACCUCUUCCCGCUGUUCAGCACGUACACCCAGAAACCAGAGAACCACUUCAAGGAGGUGAAAGAGGCCUGCAUCCUGCUGACCAUGCCGCACCCCGUGGCCUGGAUCCUACAAGAAACGCUCCGUGCGGCCCGGGCCACCGACGUUGUCACGGGCGGCACGGCGCUCGAGGAGCAGGGCGUCUCGUUCCUGACCCCGUCCCAGGCCAUGCACGUGCUCUCGAAACGCAACGACCUCGUGCACACCUGAGUCAUCAUUCCAAGCUGGUUGGCAUCAUCAAGCCGGCUGCAAAGCCGGUCACCGAGCCACGCUUGUCACCCCCCCUCCACAUGCUCAGGUCUUUUCCCCAGCCUUCGUGCAAAGCUUUCGAGGCAUGGCCAUGUCGCACGCCGCGCGUUGUCCCAACCCCGACGUGUGUGCCGGUAUUUGUGGUGCAGGCUUGGUGAAGGAGGCUCGUCGACGAGAGUGCGUGGAUGUGGACGAUGUUGAAAGCCGAAGAAGGCCCAGAAUGUCUUGCGCUGCUUCGCGAAGUGCUUCUGCACGACCCCGUUGCAUUGUGACCCUCACCGUUGUAAAUGUGCCAAUCUAUACUAUGCGCUGCAUGGGCGAGAGAAAACUAAAUUUGUGAGAGUCAGCAUGUGAAUGUCAAGGGUCUUUGAGCUGAAAGGUAGGAAAACCUGUGAGAGGUUUAUCGAGCAAAGUGAUAUCUCUGGCCGUGUGUUUGCGAAGCAGAGGAGUGUGAAGCUGCGGGGACAAGUCGAACUGCCACUCUCAGAAGGAUUAUAGGAGGAAGCAAAUUUCUUUACAGGCCAUGUUUUGGCAGAGAAGACACUUUUGUUGGGGGCCAUCCGGACAAAGUGAAGAGGCAGCAGUCCGGAAAGCACACACUGUGUAUUACAGUUUCAGCUAAGCUUUUCGUGUUUUGACGUGUAAGAAACUUCAAGUGGCAGCUAUGCCAAGUCUGGCAUAUUAACGAAGGCAGUCAGCUUGUCUCCACCUAUUAUUCUGUAUCUGCUCUGAUGUAUUCCACAAUCAAGUCACUUAAAGUACUUAGGCUUGGCGUGGUCCUCUGACACAUUUCAAGAUGCCAAGCUGUGGAUUGUGAACUUGCAAGCAUUUCAAAGCGUAUAAGGCACCGUUGCAACGUAACCGGUGUGCCGGAUGCUUUCUUUUUUUAAACUCCGGCACCUGAAGGUCAGAGAUUUGAUGCUUGACAUCUUGUUGUAUGUAUUGUGAAUGAAAGAAAGAGAGAACGACCACAGCCCGCGAAAGGAGACGAUUUUGACGCGCAAUCUCUUGUCGCUGUGCGCUGCUGACAGCUGAAGAGAGUCGAGCUUGACUAAGAAACUCAGCAGGGUGUUCUGACACGUUGCCAUUCCCCAUAUCGCAGCAGCCGCACAUGCUAAUUCCUCAGCCAUUUCAGCCAAUGUACAGAUUAGUUGGAAAGAAGGCUUGUCGACAGCUCCAACAGAACACAAGCAGACACCAAGACUAUAGAUCCGAUCCCGGUCGAUGCCUCGUUGGUACGAGUUAAAACAGGCACGGGAAUAAAGCUGCAAACCAGCCUUUAAUUUUUCCUUGUAAUGUAUCAUUUGGAAUGAUGUAAAUCAUUUUUUAAGAUGAGCUUCCUAACAAUUUUUUUCUUUGAUAAUUUGAUAACCAAAUCAUUAAUUGAUAAACUGAGCAGUUUGUGAACAUCUCUUUAGCUGCCCUUAGUAACUACCUGUGAUUUGCUAUGUAACGCUGUAUAAUUUAGAAUGCAGUAAACUCCUUGAAAGCUUAGCUCUUUGAUAAGCUUUCAUUCUUGGUUUAUGUUUGAUAACCUGAACAGUUCGCAAGCAUAUCUCUAGGUUCCCAUAGGCUUAGUGCAUGCUGUUCAACCACACUUCCGAUAAGACAAACAGAUCUUUAAUGAUGUUUUAAAGGAAGUUUAAUGUAUACAAAACCGGAUUGAGUAUUCUCAGGGCCAUUGUAGGCAGCCUAUCAGUUGGAAAAAGCAAUUUUAAGAAGAAGACAUUACACUUUCAUAACUGCAGUACCCUCUGCAUUGCUGCACAACUGCACCUACAAGCUAAAUUCACAAAUAACCCGUAUUCUUACUUUGUUAUAAAAUUUCCUAAAUUUUGUCACAUAUUUAUUGACUUUACGACCAAGAAAUUGAAUGAACAGGAUUUGUCGAAUACACAUGGCUGGCUUGAUUAUUUACAAAGUAUGGUGUUGUUGACAGGCUUUCUGGAGUUAGAACCCGAAGUUGGACGAGCUGGCUGUUCAUGCCAAGACAGGAAAACAGCACUAGAGAUGUGAUGAAUGACAAAUCAUGUUGAUGUCAUUUCAUUUCUUCUCGCUAUUUGUGCUGUCUCUAGCACUGUUUUUUUUGUCUCAAGGCUCUCUCAGCACGGAAGUGUUCCGUUUGUUUUUCAAAACAUCUUGGGUGCUAUCUUGAUCACAGUUAACAUGAACACUGGAGCUUUGAGUAACAUCUGUGCCAUUCUAACGGCCCAGUGCAGAAGCUCCCAGCACUCGUGCGACGAGGACAUGCUGCUAUCGCGCGCAGGACGUCGUCGAAAUGCUCGCUUGUCAUCUGCUAGGCUCGCUUUCUGACGCUGACAGAGAAUAAUGAAACUGACGAGGUAUGACCGACUGUAAAAAACAAAAACAAAAAAAAAACACAAGAAGUUGCAUAAACCUGUCUGCAGAAAUUCUUACACUUCGCAUGGAGAGCAGUUUCUGCAGUUUACGACCACAGCAGACGACACACAGAGCAGACGACGCAUGAAAGCUCUGAUGACGCAAUUUACACGAUAAUUACAGUUUUAUGCUUCAUGCCUAGUGCACCUGUGCAGCAUUUUCGGCACCUGGCCAAUAGAAUGUGGUAUUAAUACAGCAAGCCAUGUUCCCGCUAACCGUGACGAAGAUGGUACAUUGCGCCCGUAUGCAUUCCAAUCCAUUACACAACCGCCACUGCUGGAUGUACAAUACUACACUUGUUUUCUUCCUGUUUUCAAUCGCACAAAUCAUGUUUCAUCUAGUCAGUCUUGUUUGAGUGUUUCUAUAGUCCGUGCAUCAUUUUUAGAUUUUUCAUUUUUUUCUCUUUACGUCUCACAUUUGACUGUGGUGCGAGGAUGUGUGGUCAUUCAGUAAGCUGAACUGGAUGGUAGGAAUUCUAAUUAUAAAAGAUGCCUACCUAUUUCCCAUAUCUUCCUCUAGUCCAGUCUGCGUUGAAGUACAGUCAUGACAUUGAUGUGAUGUAUUUUACGAGUACUUUGGCCCCGUCGCAACCCACUUGUACUAUAGUGCUACGACAUUUACCUACCACCACUCUGUAGAAAAAGAAGUCUGGCGUUUUCCAGCAUUGGUGCUUCUUAUUGUCGGUCACCAUGCAGCCCUGGUUUCUUGUUUAACAUUAUUGGCUUUCUUGUUUCGACAUUCACAAGUGUCCAAAUUUUUCUAUUCCGAGAUCUUUCAAGCUGUACCACGUCCUGCACUCAGUACUACAUCAUAAGUUGAAUAAUAUUUCAUUGUAAGAAAAUAAUUAUUCUCACAGUAUUCUCACGUUUCUGAGGUUCCCGCCAAAAGUUGAGUUGUUGCGUAAAGCUCAUUUUCAUCUGUGAAGCUUAUUCCACAAACCACAGUGACUCUGGCUAAGGCAUUCCGAUGUCAAGCAUGCCAAGGUUGCAGCUUCACUUCCUGACCACAGCAGCCAUGUUCAGACAAAGGCGGAACGCAAAAGCCCUCAUGUACGGAGCAGUCCACUGUUAAAUGGCAGGCGAGUACAGAGCACAUGCGAAUUUGGCCCUCCAGCAUUAGCGCAAUCGCCAGCAGCCAGAGCCCCGGCAAAUUGAGAGCUGCAUAUAAGUGUGUACAUAAGCCUUGUAAUAGUAGACCAUACUGCACUUCUAUUUUAGCUGGACGUUAAAAACCCUAAGCAUUCAAAGUUUACCCGAGUCCUCUGUCCCAUCUUCAAUGUGCUUCACAGCCCAGUUGUUGCUGAUUAAGUGGGCUUAGCAUGCCAUGAUUAGGCUUAGCAUGCUAAAACAGCACAGGAACUCUACCUGAAGUUAAUGUGCACUCACAUGCUCGAUGUGCCAGUAUGUUUGCAUUCUACCCCCCAGCAACGUGGCCACCGUGGCCGGUUAUCAAACCCACGACCUUGGACUCGGUAGCGAAACAGCGUAACCACUUAGCCACAGUGGCCAACACCCAGGUUUGCCUUGGGAUUCAAAACUGCAUCUACAAAUCCUACAUUCGUUCCAAUGUUUUGCUUGGAGUUUUGCUGCAAAACUUCAAAUAUCCCGGUGCUGAAACCAGGAGCAGAUACCUAAAAGACAUAUUUGCCGGCAAAAGAAUGCACACAAUGGUAAAAACAUCAAUGACACCGUUUCUCUGCAUGUGUGAGGCGUUUCUGCAACAACUAAUGAUACAGAAAACCCAGAUAUAAAAAAUUAUCGGAUAUAGGAAAGUAAGCAUAAAGUGUCUCCUGUCGAUAUCAGCAUGUAGCGAACAUAUGCUUAGAACAAGUAUCACCUGUCACGAAGAUAUCUUCGUAUCAGAUAAAACUUUGUUAUCGCAAGGUUCAACUUAUGUAUUUGAGUAAAUACCAGCUAAGGCAAAAAUGCAGUUCGGAAGCACAUGCAAUGCUGGAAGCGCACGUCUUCUACUACUCCCUUUUUCUCCUCACAUAUCAAAGUGAUUGUCUGUGGCGGACGUCGGAGUUUAUAGAUUUUCGUCGCUUACUUACCGAAGGUGCAUUUACCAGUGCGAAAGUGGAUGAACGAUUGAGGGCAGCGAUUUACGACAACGGCUGAUGGCCAAGCUGCUGCCGCUGCUUGCUGCAUUUCUUUUUCCCACCAUUUGCCAACACUCGCGAGACCAUUUCCACAAAGUGUUGCCUGCCGCAGAAGAAGGUCUCGUCGUGGAUGUGUGUGUGUUGUUGUUUGGACGAGUCUCGUUGCGCUCUGCCGUAUAGUUGAGAGACUUUAAGUAGUGCUAAAGGAUGUUGUUGAACGUUGUUUCGCUGCAUUGUUGCGUAGUUUUGUUGACGUAGCUGCGCUUCUUGUGGCUCCUUGUUCUUGGCCGGCCGUAUUCACCUUUGCUGAGAUCUGCUUUUGAGCAGUUAAAUGUGAAAUGUUCUUGUUUAGUAUUUAUUUUUCUGUUGCACCUAGGACGUCUGUGGAUGAAGAUAACUGACUGAGCCCGAAGUUCCCAAGUUAUGUCCUUAUUCCCCAGUAAUCUCCUUAUUUCCCUAAUAACGUUCCUGGGCUCUAUUUCGUACAUAGCAGGCAACGCUAUAAAGGCUAAAGCGCUCUUCUCUCACUGUUCACAACCAAAAAAUAGUGCAUCACGUAUGAAAGAAAAAGUGUAGCCUUGCGUCAUGAGAUGGAUGAAAGUGAAUUAGUGCCGCACUUUUAUGCUGCAAAAUGUGACGCAGUUAUUACAAGAAAGGCAUUGCUGACCUGAACCUAUUAACCACGGAAUGCACGAAGUGACAGGUUUAUGCAACCAGGGGCCACGGCCCACCACCCCUGCUCGUGACUGAAAAAUAGUGCAUCGCAUACGGACAGCAUAAAGAUGCACAAGUACUAAUGCAGUCGAACCUUGUUUUAACUAAGUCGCACCCGACAUAAAAAAUAGCUACGUUAUAUCCGAUAUUUGUUAUAAGCGGAUGUCUGCUACGCAGUAAUUGCGCUGAAACAAUUUUUAGUUACUUCGUUAUAUCACAUAGUUUGUUGUAUCCGUGUUCGUUAUAUCGAGGUUUUGCUUACGUGAUUUGACGAAACCUCACUUCAGCUAAUUGUAGGUGUGACCUAUGAAGUACUUAUUCAGUAAAAAGCGUCACAGAUAAAAUACAGCUGUACUGCAAAAUGUGCAGAGACUUGUAUGACUGCACUCCUUGCAUAGGCUCCACAGUGUUGCCUGCUAAGUAUUAAAUAAUAGUAUGAUAAUUUCCGUAGGAAAGGUCUGUCAUUUUGGUGAGCACUGCGUAAAGGGGCGAGGGUUACUCUUUAUAAAUGACAAGGAAUGUUUGCCACUCCACACAGUAGGGUACAGUGUAGUUCACUAUUAAAUGGAACACUUGAGCGCAGAGCAUGUGCGAAUUUUUCUCUCUCUGGCAAGCGUCAAUCGCCCAGCUUUGCAGCAGACAACUUGUGGUUGAUGGCGCGGACACCUGUCUACACAGUUGUGUAGUGACUUGGCACAGCUUUAGGCGGCGAUUGCAGCUAAUGCACCAACAAAGUUAGAUCAGUACAGUCGAGUGUUCCCCUUAACAGUGGACCAAACUGUACACCCAACUUUCGUUUCUUUUACAAAUCAUUGAAAGCUAUGACUGUUGAAAUCAUCAAAGUCAUUAUUGAAAAUGAAAACUCAGCAUUGCUGAGAGGAGUGGAUCAGGGCUGGACAAUUACUUUACCAUGCAGGUGCAGGUCUGUUAUUCAACACACCACAAAAUUCAAUGAACAGUGAUAGCUUCUAAAGAGAAUUGCAACAACACAUGUUAUUGUAGUAAUGUGUCUGCCUAUUUGGAAAGUCCAGUUACCAGUUUUAUUACAAUCGUUUUUUAACCCCUUAAGUGUUUCAGACGAGCUCAGCUCAUCAACGGCAAUAAACCUGUUUUCAAAUUGAUUUGGACCAACUCGGCAUGUCCACUUAGUUUUUCUUCUACUACACAGACACCUUCAGUGCCAGUGUUGAAAAUCUAGUUAUUUCAGUCUUUUUUUUUUUGCAUAGAUGUCGGCACUUAUUCAGUGCCUCAAAAGCCGUGUUGAUUCAGGCUUCAUGUUGUACAACAUUGACGGUAGCCAUUUGGUCAGCGCUGGAGGGGUGCGUUUAUUGGUGUGUUUGUUUUCUACUACAUAAAGGCAGCACUUUGUAGGCGCUCAAAGGCCACGUUUUUGGAAUGGAGCACUUCUUGCACCUUUUGGCAGAUUUGGAAUUAUGGCGUCUGUACCGUUUGCAGCAAUGACAAGUUCAGUUGUAAUCAAUAUGGAAGGGAGCAGCUAAUUUUUGUUAAACAACGAUAGCUCAUGAUGCGUAAGUUAAAAUCAAGGAACUUAAUACAUAACAAUAAGUUUUCCUCUAGAACUUCUAUUAUCACUGAACAAUUUUAUGGAGGGCACGUGUGUUUACCCCCUGUGGGCUUUUGAAAAGUUUAGCUGUUUCCUUUCAUAUUGAUGAUGACUGUACAUAUAUAUGUGGCUUAGUAAAGACGUAAAAUAAGGUUCUCACGCUUAAAUCAUGAAGCAAAUUGGUUGAGAUAGCUUUAGAAGGGUUUUUGAUAAAGUGAAGUUUGAGAAUAAGCCUUGAAAAGAAAAUGCAAAGUUAGGUCUCUUUUGGUCAAAAUAAUAAAACACUUAAGGGGUUAAAAGAAAGUUGAGAGACUAAUCGCACAAUGUUGUCAUUGGCCUAGCACAUUCUGUUAACAGGUGCUUUUUAUGUGGAAAGUUUGUCAGACUAGAUACACAUCACCACUGGCUUGACUUCAGUUUCUGAAUCGAGUAUCCAGCUUUAAGAUCAAGAAUGAGGGCUGGCAGGCUCUAGCUUGACACAGCGCUUUGUGGUGGGAGAUUACAGCAGAAGCUGAUAAAAAGAUCUGAGUAACACCACAAGACGGCACAGUUUUGACAUUUUUUUUCCUUCCAGUACGGUCCACAGCACAGUAGGGUCCCUAAUAAUCAGUCCCAAACUCAAAGUUUGUGUCAAGAUUCUCAUGCCGACAGUUCAUCGUGCGAAUAGGCUUUACACUUCCUGCUGCUUCUGCUCUUGCAAGUUUUUGCCAUAGCUCUCAAAUUUAUGUCGCGAUGUCCUCGGCGUUGUGCGUGUUCAACGGGAGGAAAAUCAAGCAUGCCAACUGAUUUCAGCGCUUUGUGCACUCAUUGAAAGCAUUUUGAACCUUUACUAUAUCUCAAGCCAUCUUUCGCAGCCAUGCACGAAGAUGCAGUGAUAUUCUGGUCUUUCCCCCCACACGGUGAUAACUAUGUCUAUCCCUUUUUCCAGGCACACGCGUAAAGGAAAAAGGCUGAUGUUCACGUGAACCAGUGUUUAGGUAGCCACUGGUGAAAAACAAGAUAUUACUGCAGAGUUCUGAGCAAGCGCCCGUUUCAGAAGCAAGAUAAUUGAAGGAAAGUUGUGAAAGGAAUCUGUUCACGCUUAAAUUCAAAAUGUUGGGAGGAAAAUUUUUCCCGAUCGUCAGAAAUGGUUGGAUUAGGUCACUUUUAAAAGUAGUGAUGCUUGUUCAGAAUUUUACAGUAGUGCCCCUGUCACACAGGCUAUCUGGAAUCAGUAGAACCAAAAGUGUCCCCAUCGUUAAGGAAGUAUGUCUGCUGUUACGUCAAAGGGGGCAUGGAUCAGAGGCAUAUUGAGUAAAGAACAGCUUUGUUCAUGCAUUGAGACUUUAAUGGUGCACGCCUGGUCCUAGCCGACUGCAGGUUGAAUUUUUUCAAAGUAUAAGAUGUUUAUAGUUCACCAGUUUAGAAAAAUUGUGUCAAUAAAUUCUAAGGAUGAUGUCGAAGGUGGCGUCUUUAAGUGUUAGGCUGUAAGAGAUAAAUGCAGCUAGCGUCUCAACAGGUACUCUAGUUGGUUGCUGUUUUUGUGCAAGACGUAUUUUAAUACAAAGAACUGAAAAUAAGUUAUUUAAGAAGGGUCUCAGAAAGGCACCCUCUUAAAGGGACAAUAAAGGGCAACAGUGUAUUAGCCCAGUCUGGUAACAUAUAUAUAUAUAUUUUUUUUAAAGACUCAAUUAACGUUUAUGUGGCGGAGAGGUUAAGUUCUUAGUAGAUAAAGGGCAAAGUUUCUCUUUCUGAAUACACCACAUUACUGGUAUUUGUAUUGCAUCAUGGAUUUCAAAGUAUUUUUGAGUGUUUGGGAAAUAUUUGUUUCAAAGAAGUUCUCAAAGCUUACUGAGCCGAGUCCCCAGUUCUGUUAGAAUGUAGCAGAGUCCUUGUUCAUAGAUAAACUAUUAACAGGUUCUGGCCAAAUCUUGUGGUCCUGUUAGAAUUCAAUGUAAUCCUUAGUCAUCGAUAACAUUUUAUCUAGUUCUGAGAAGGUGCUCGCCAAAUCCAUCGCCAUGAGAAGCUACCGUGAGAACUUAAAGCCCGUUCUCUUCAGUAUCUCUUUGUUUCAGACUUAACAAGACUCCGCUCGCAAUAAGACUGACGUUUCCAAUAUUCCACAAGUGUGAUUUACUAAUCUUGAUUAAGCAAACAUUUUUCCUUAGCCUCCCUUUAAGAGAAAAUGGGGCUCUGACAAAAUUCUUUCAAACUAAGGCUUUUUCGAAGUAAGGACUUCGUACUCCUUUACUUCAAGGAAGUUUUGGUAUGCCUGCGUGACAGGGGCUGGCUUUCGAAUUUAACCUACCAGCUUCUGCGUUUCCUCAAUACUGAUGCCAACCACAAAACGCUACCCACCAACACAGCCAGCGUUCUAAGCUUUUUCAAGCAGCAUGGAAUGGACAUAACUUUCUUGAAUGUUUUUGGACCCUUGGGUGCUAUAUAUAUUAAGAAAAAAAAGAAAAGUUGUGAUAAUCCCCCCGCCCAGCCAAGAAAUGUUCUGCCACAGUUUUUUGUCAUAUCACCUCGUACAAAUCGAUUUCUCUUCCCCGCGACAUAUUUCUUUUUUUCAUUUGUGUGCAUUGUUGAGAGAGUGUUUGACUCUGAAUCGACCAAACUGUUUUGACAGCUGUUGACUGACACCAUAUCCUGGCUUAUUGUGUACAUAUUUGGUGAAAAAUAAAAAAGUGUUGAAAAAAAAAAAAA